AUGAGAGUCAUCGUCAGGGAAAAUGCUCUGGCAGUGUCAGAGUAUAUCGCAGACUACAUUAUCACGCGCAUCAAGACAUUCCAGCCAACCCCGGACCGGCCCUUCGUACUCGGACUCCCUACCGGCAGCAGCCCAGAGAUUAUCUACAAUAUCUUGGUGCGCCGCUACAAAGCCGGCGACAUCUCGUUUAAGAAUGUCGUGACGUUCAACAUGGAUGAAUAUGUCGGCCUCCCCCGUGAACAUCCCGAAUCCUACCACAGCUUCAUGUACAAGCACUUCUUCUCGCACGUCGACAUUCUGCCACAGAACAUCAACAUCCUGGACGGAAAUUCCCCAGAUCUAGCCGAAGAAUGUGCCUCGUUCGAAGACCGCAUCGUCAGCUACGGAGGUAUUGAGCUUUUCCUUGGAGGAGUCGGCUCAGACGGCCACAUUGCGUUCAACGAGCCUGGCUCCUCGAUGAGCAGCCGCACGCGUGUCAAAACUCUGACAUACGAUACUAUCUUGGCUAACUCGCGCUUCUUCGACAAUGACAUGUCCAAGGUGCCGCACAUGGCCCUGACAGUGGGUAUCCAGACCAUCAUGGACGCACGCGAAGUUGUCAUUGUAGCUACUGGCCCGCACAAGGCAGUUGCUCUGGAAAAAGGCCUCGAAGGCCCCGUCAACCACAUGUGGACACUGUCUGCAUUGCAGCUCCACCGGCACCCGCUCAUCGUAUGUGACCGGGACGCAACCCUCGAGCUUAAAGUCAAGACAGUCCGAUACUUCGAGGGAAUUGAGCAGGCCGGAACGGAUGCCCGUACCCAAGGUCCGUGGUUGGCUCACAAACCUAAGACACCCAAGGCCUAUGUUCCUCAACAGCAGCCAACCCCGAAGGCAACACCUACGAAGAUGCCCCAGCCAUUGCGCAUCAAUACAGAGCUUCAGCGGUCAUUUGAUGAUGACGAGUUGACCCCUGAUAGCAUGUCCUCCCGGAUGGUCGACUCGGCCGUCAGUGGACUAGACUCGAUGCUCAAGGAUGAGCUGAUGUUUGAUCGGAUGGGAUCCCGCGUAACUGCCAACUAA